AUGCGAACUGAUCUCAAUUCUGCGGUAAAGUUGAAGCCGCCGUCAAAAAAAUUGCUUAUCGUUAUCGCCAGGAUGCAAAAUCUUAUCUUAUCACCCCGCGGCAUUGAAGGUGCCUGUAUCUUAGACUGCCAGCUGGUCCCACCUGCAAGGCUUCAGCUGAGCUUCGUCGUUCCUUAUCACCGCAAGCUCACUAUCGAACCACCACCACCAUCAUGGGCCAUAAAGAGUCGCGAGCUUCUGAAGGACCCGUACGGGUGCGACCGUACGCGCCACAACAACCCGGAUCUCCCAGAGACAUGCGGGCGCAAGCGGAAGGUUGUCGACGAAGACGCUGUCGAUGCAAAUGGAAAGCCCUUGAAAAAGAGGAAGAGGAAACCCGUCAAGAAGAAGAAUCCACAAAUGAAAACAGGGGCAGUGAAGGCUCCUGAUUCAACGCGAGCCUCGGAGAAACAGACGAGCUCCAAUUCGCCAGCAAACGAAUUAUCGCAGGCAGCGCCAAAUCCAGUUGACCAAAUGCCUGGCCCAUCUCAAGCUCAGUCCGUUCCCUCUGGCAGCUAUGUCAACUAUUUUACGUCCAGCGUAUUUUCCACAGUGGAUGGAGGACAUCCGUAUCCUUUCUAUGGAGAACAAUCUGGCCAAGAGCGUGCUCGACGACACGAGCAACAGUCAAACAAUUUCAUCCAAGUCAUUAUCAUAUUACUCCAACGGUGA